GGGAAUUGGGGUGGGAGACUGGGGCAGGAUCAGCCCCGGCUUUGCAUCAGCUGGGAGGCCCCUGGCCAGGCUGCUCCACUCCCCAGCUCCCUGACCCCACGGCAUGGUGGUCUUUGGGCUGAGCACUGCUCCCCAGGGGGCCAAAUUCUGCUGUUGGGGGCUGUCCCCUGCCUGUGGUCGGGGUGCUGGACACAUCUGCACAUCACAAACUGCUGCCAUGAAGCACCUGGUGCAGCUCCUCCUGAAGCGAGUUGCAAAGGGAAGGAAAAAAACCCCAAAAACCACUUCUCCCCACCCGCCCCCUGCUAAUUAAAAUUAGUUUCCUGAGGUCUGCAGCCACCCAGCCCUGCAGCUGAGCUCACCGGGGCAGCCACCAGCAUGUCCUCCCCCACGGGGACCUCAGCACCCAUCCUGGAAGAGGGGUGGCCUGGGGGGCAACAGGGUGGAGGAGACCACAUGGAAGUGGAGGAUGCGAAGGAACCGCAGGAGGGAGAGAAAGUCGCUGGUGGACAGUCACCAUCUCCGAGGGGUUCUGCACCUCCCUGGCUGCAGGGACCUUGCUCCAGUGCCACCAGGAGAUGCACCAGCAUGGGGGGACCCGGGUGCUCACCCGCAUUGUUGGUGCUGCUGUGCCUGGUGCUGCUGCCCGCUGCCAGUGACCAAGAAUGCGUGGAAUACCAGGAGCAAGCCGUGGCUGCUGGCAGAGUGUUGCAGCUGCUGCCGGAGAGACCCCCGCUGGAGUGGGCAAAAGUCGAAUGGAGAGCGCAGCUGGAUGCGGGACACCGGCAGCGGAUCCUGACGGCUGAGAAGAACAGCGUAGCCUCACCCCCCAGGGGUCACUUUUCUGGGAGAGCUGCUUUCCAGCAGGAGACCGUCUCCCUGCAGAUCAGCCCGGUUAGCGCGGCAGACGGUGGGACCUAUGAGGCAGGAUUUGAGGAUGCCUCAGGCUUGAUUACUGCCCUGUGCUUCCAGGUGUCGGUGUGGGAGCCCAUCGGCCAGCUGCUCCUGGAGGCACGCAUCCUGCACUGGGAGCAGGGCUGGUGCAACCUCUCGCUGCUCUGCACCGUGCCCAGCACCGGCAGCGUCUCCUACAGCUGGUCCUGCAGCGGGGAUGCCCUGGGAGCCCUGGGCCACCAGCCCCGGCUGCACCUGCAGCUCCGUGGGGAUGCCAACUCCACCGUCUGCCGCUGCAACGCCAGUAACGCGGUGAGCUGGGACACGGCCAGCACCGACGCCGGGGCAGCCUGCCGUGCUGCGGCCCCAGGGCUUUUCAGAAUCAUUCCAUGGGGGAUAGUGGCCGUGUCCCUGGGGCUGGCACUGGCCAUCUCUGUAGCCCUCGUUGUCACCUGCUACUGGUGGAGGAAGCGACGAAAGGACCCUCCAGGAGGAUGCGUUGAGCAGAGUCUGACUGUCUAUAACGAGGUGGGAAAAGCCGAAACUGCUCAAGACCCUAAUGGGACUGGUGAGGUCGCCCUGGAAGGAAACACCAUCUAUGCCGUCAUCUGCCCCAAAACACCGGGACCCAGCUGCCAUCGGGGGCCUGAAAACACCACCAUCUACUCCAUGGUUCAGCCCACUGGGAAGUCUUCUGUCAGGAGGAAAAGGCUGGACCCAGCUCUGUUUUCCACUGCCUACGUAGAUGUCAUGGACACUGGACUGGUGGGGAGAUGAGCCCUGGGUAUCUUCGAAGUUUGUUUGUUUUUUGGGGCUGCGAGGAAAGGGUGAAAGAUUUGGGAUGGGAACCUGUCUAGGGAGGGGACAGAUGUGAAAUUGGACAGGCAGCGCCAUGAAGAGAACACACGUAGUGUCCAUGUGUUCAGUGCCAGCGUGUGAUCUUGUGGGAUUUUGAGGUCUUGACAGGUUUGAUACGCUCAGGAAUUUAUUUUUUCGGUGCAAAUAAAAGCUGAAGUACAAUU